GUCAUCGUCAUGCCAUAAAAUAAACGCGGGAAAUCUGUCAAACGCGUAGAAGCAUAAUAAUGGCGCAGCGUCGUAUAGAUUCCUUUUUCAUUAAGAUAUCAUCCAAGAAGGAGAAUUCAGGCCAGGAUAAUUCGGAGAGCCACAACUUGUCGGACAAACAGAAUCAGAAUGCGACGGAGAAUGGCAAACGGAAAAGAGAUAGCAGCAAUAGUUCCAGUUCACCUUCGAAUAAUGUUAAACGUACAAAGUCAAAGACACUUUCCAAGACACCUUCGCCAAGUGUUAAGCCUCGCAAACUAGGAACUACCCCAAAAAUUAAGCCUAGUAAGCUUUCCCCUAGAGCAUCAAAAAAGGCAGAAAAAAAGCAAUUAAAAGAUAUUUCUGGUAAAAAGAAAAAGAAGGAAGAGGCUGAAAAUAACGCUGAGAAAAAUAAUCAUAUAGAAAACAGUAUAGCUGAAGAGAAAAACAAAAAAGAAGAAUCUACAUUUUCAACGAAGAAAUCAAAGUUCAAUGAGAUAGAAAAAGUAAAGAAAUCUGUGAAAAAGAAAUGGUCCAAGAUAGUGCAACUAGUAGAUUCUAGUGAUGAUGAGACUCACCUAUCUUUACCUGAAAGUCCAAAAAAAUCAGAGACCGAUAACGAGGAGAAGAAGACUGAAAGUGUAGACAAGUCCAGCAAUAUAAAUAAAAAUGUUUCUGAUAACGCUUCUGAUAAUGAUGCAAACGAAAGUGCUUCGAACAAUGAAGAGAAAAAUCUAAGUCCGAAGAAAAAGUCUACACCUGAGAAGUCGCAGACUCCCUCUAAGAAUGAAAGUUCAAAAAAAGAGUCUACACCUGAGAAAUCACAGACUCCCUCUAAGGAUGAAAAAAAUCUGAAGAAAGAGCCUACAUCCGAAAAAAAGGCUAAGAAAGUGCCCAACUUUUUUAUAUCUAAGCAAAAGGGCGACGUGAAAGGUGACAAAGUGAACAAUGGAAAAAGUGCCAACCAAUCUUACAACCCCAGCGCGUCCAUCUAUCAUCCGAUAGACGAUGCGUGUUGGAAACGAGGAGACAAAACUCCAUAUAGCGCAUUCGCGCGCACUUUGGAGAUCAUCGAAGAAACUAGUGCAAGAUUAAAGAUAAUAGAGAUACUAUCAAAUUACUUCCGGUCUGUCAUAGUUCUGAGCCCCAAGGAUCUUUUGCCGAGCGUUUAUCUGUGCCUUAAUCAAUUAGCGCCAGCGUAUGAAGGAGUUGAGUUUGGAAUCGCUGAUACGAAUCUGAUGAAGGCGAUAGCGCAAUGUACUGGUAGAACAUUGGCGCAAAUUAGAACCGAUGUCCAGGAGGUUGGCGAUUUGGGAAUUAUAGCGGAAAAUAGUAAAUCUAAUCAGAGAACUAUGUUUCAACCGGCGCCAUUGACAGUUCCCAAUGUAUAUUCCAGAUUGAUGGAAAUUGCUCAGAUGACAGGACAUGCGUCUCUAUCGAAAAAGUUGGAUAAAAUUCAGACGCUGUUUGUAGCGUGCCGAAAUAUAGAAGCAAGAUAUCUAGUUAGAUUAUUAGCUGGAAAGCUUCGCAUUGGAUUGGCGGAACAAUCUGUUUUACAAGCAUUGGCUUUAGCUUGCGCGAUGACACCGCCGGAACAAAAGUAUCCACCAGAAAUUCUAAAUGCAAGCAAAAAGAUGUCGAGUGAUCGUUUCAAAGAGAAAUAUGAUGAAAUAGCGCUUAUAUUGAAAACAACGUAUUGUGAAUGUCCGAAUUAUAAUCUUAUAAUUCCUGUUUUGCUGGAAGAUGGAAUUAAUACCUUGCCGAACAAAUGCAAACUUACUCCUGGAAUACCCUUGAAACCUAUGUUAGCACAUCCUACUAAAGGUGUUCAAGAAGUUCUAAUGCGAUUUGAGGGUUUGAAAUUUACUUGUGAAUGGAAAUAUGAUGGGGAAAGAGCUCAGAUACAUGUUGCGGACGAUGAUCAAAUAAAAAUAUACAGUAGAAAUCAGGAGGACAAUACUACCAAAUAUCCAGAUAUCAUUAAGCGAUUCAAGAAUAGUCGCGGUGAUGAGGUGAAGAAUUGUAUAUUGGAUUGCGAGGCGGUCGCUUGGGAUAGCGAGAAGAAACAAAUUUUACCGUUCCAAAUACUCAGUACAAGAAAGCGAAAGGAUGCUAAUGAGGAGGAUAUUAAAGUACAAGUAUGUGUGUUUAUGUUUGAUCUGUUAUAUCUAAAUGAUGAGCCAUUGGUGAAGGAACCGUUCGUGAAACGUCGUGAGUUGUUGAAACAGCAUUUCAAGGAAGUGGAAGGUGAAUGGAAAUUUGCUAAUAAUUUAGAUGCCUCGACGAUGGAAGAGGUGGAAGUUUUUUUGGACGAAUCUGUGAAGGGAAAUUGCGAAGGUUUAAUGGUAAAGACGUUGGAAAAGGAGGCGACCUAUGAAAUCGCGAAGCGAUCGAGAAACUGGCUGAAGCUGAAAAAGGACUAUUUGGAUGGUGUCGGUGAUACACUCGAUGUAGUUGUAAUCGGUGGUUAUAUCGGCAAAGGAAAGAGGACCGGCACUUAUGGUGGUUUCCUCUUAGCUUGUUAUGAUCUGGAAAAUGAAGAGUAUCAGAGCAUUUGUAAGAUCGGUACGGGAUUCAAGGAAGAUGAUCUCGAAAAUCAUACCAAAUUCUUCAAAGAUCACAUUGUAUCACAGGCCAAAUCAUAUUAUCGCUUCGAUAGCAGCCAUGAGCCGGAUCAUUGGUUUGAGCCAGUUCAAGUUUGGGAGAUCAAAUGUGCCGAUCUCUCCCUCUCACCUGUACACAGAGCGGCUAUCGGAAUAGUUGAUCCGGAAAAGGGAAUAUCUUUAAGGUUUCCGCGAUUUAUCAGGAUCCGCGAGGAUAAGACCUGCGAGCAGGCCACUUCCGCUCAAGACGUGGCAAAUAUGUACAAUAAUCAAGAACAGAUAAAAAAUAAAACUCCAGUAUCGAAAGCCACGGAGGAAGAUUUCUAUUAAUUUUUUUUAUUUCG